UUACCCCUCCGCCGACGCAAACCUACUUCACUUUUUUCAAAAUAAAUUGUUUCGAUGGCGAUUUCCCCCAAGAGGGUUUUGCUCACCGCGAAUGGGGACGAGAUUUCCACGGGUAUCGCUUCCCAUCUGGCAAAGGCUGGUUGCAGGUUAGUUAUUAUGGGUGAUGAGAAUGACCUCCGGUCACUGGUGAGGGAGAUUACGAGUUCGUUGAAGGGAUCAACUACGAUUGAGCUAGUUGGACUGAAUAUGGAAGAAGAAAAUGAGGUCAUUUUUGAUAAUGCUGUGGAUAAGGCAUGGAAACUCUUGGGUUCAGUGGAUGCUUUCGUUAAUUGCCAUUUAUAUGAAGGUAAAAUUCAAGAUCCUCUGCUUAUAAGUGAAAGUGAAUUUAAGAAGACAGUAAGAAUAAAUGUCAUGGCACCAUGGUUUCUGCUGCAAGCUGUUGCUAAAAGGAUGAGAGAUGCUAAAUCAGGGGGAUCGAUUGUAUUGUUGUCUUCUGUUUUGGGUGCUGAAAGAGGACUUUAUCCCGGAGCUGCUGCUUUUGGUACCUGUAUGAGUUCUGUGCAGCAGUUGGUUCGUUUAGCUGCAAUGGAGAUUGGUAAGCACAGCAUACGGGUGAAUGGCAUUGCUCGUGGCCUCCACCUGGGUGACAAGUACCCCUUAUCUAUCGGCAAGGAGAGGGCCGAGAAGAUGACAAACGAAGUCAUGCCUCUCCAGAGAUGGCUCGAUCCACACAAAGAUCUGGCCUCCACUGUGCUAUAUCUUAUUGGUGAUGAUGCGCGCUAUAUGACAGGCACAACCAUCUUUGUUGACGGAGCACAAUCCAUUGUGAGGCCUCGCAUGAGAUCGUUCAUCUGAAGUAAGCAUCAACCAAUCCUUGCAUCCGUGAGCAGCUUUUAAUCUUCUGUUAUUGCUAGAAGUUCAUGGUUUCUGAUAUUGUCAAUAAGUAUUUGAGAUAAAUAAUUUCAACUAUGUUGGUUGUGAAUUGUUAUGAUCAGAUGGUAAGGGAAUGGAAAUCUUCACAUUGUGCUUUCUAUCCAUCA